AUGGCCGGCAUCAUGAUGACCCCAUCGCGCUUCGGGUCUUCGCUAUCUGGUUCUCAGGCGCAGCAAUACAAUGCAAACGCGCCCAGCAUGGCCGACACUCUACCCAGCGUGGACUUUGGCUUCAAUGACUUGCGCGAGCGCAUGGCACAAUUCACCGUGCGCUUCGACGAGUUCAUCGAGCGAGGACGCAAACGUGUGCUGGAGGAGCGCAAUGCUUUCCGAAUGAGCGUGGCAGAAAUCGAGGAAACACAACGCAAUAGAGAACAGCAGAUUGUGAAUCUAGAGUCCAAGUCCACCCAACACGCCGAUAGCAUCGCCAAAGAAGCAGCAGAAACAGAAGAAAUGCACGCCGCCAUCUCCACUCUGACCGCCCAGAAAGAAGACCACGUCACCCGUCGCGACAACCUCAAAACCGAGAUCACUGACCUUCAGACUUCAAUUAAACAACGUCGUGAAGCACAAUCAGCUUACCAGCGUUCCCUGGACGCCCAAGCCCGGCAUAACAUCCCGGAACUGCGAUUUUGGGAACACUGUCUCGGUCUGCGAAUCGAAGGCACAGGUGUAGAAGACUGUUUGCGCUUCGUCUUCUUGUGCGUCGAUGAGAGGGACAGUGCGAGGGAAUGCUGGUUUGAGUUGCGGAUGGGUGGGAGGGAGUAUGAGGUUGGAGGCACGUCGCCGAAGUUGGAGCGGGAGAAUGUAGAUGAGGCAGUGGAAAAACUUGGGGAGACGAGGGAUUUGGGCGGGUUUUUGAAGGGAAUGAGAAGCUUGUUCGUCCAAGGCUUGAAAGGCUGA